AUGUCGUCCGUUCCGCCAGGACAAGCCGCGGGCCCCAGCACUCAGAAUGUCGACCAUAACUGGACAGUGGCUGCAGCUGCACAGAGCCUUAUAAAUGUGCUCACACAGAACAGGACUCAGGGACAGCAAGUGCCAGAAAGGAAGCAGGAGCAGGGAUCGUCUUCUGUUGAACAGGAGAUGGCCAGAUCUUUCCCUGGGUUUUUUACGAAGAAAAGCCAAAUUGGAAAAAGAAAGAAUCAGGGUCUGAACACAUGUGGCACAGGAUCUAGAAAAGCCUGGAGGCCUUUUAGCUUCUAUGUGUACCUUUUGAAUAUCAAUUCAGAGAUGACCCCAACCUCCCCUGAAGAAUUUGAACUUGCUCAGGCCGGACUUGGAAAACGCUAUCUGAACUUGUCCAAGGAUGUGAGCCAUGAAGAGUUCUUCACACUCCUAAAACAUGAGUAUCCCAAGAUGCAGGAGGUGACAGGAGGAUGGCUACUGUACAAGGCUACAGGUGGUCAGGGUAAAAGGAGACUGACGACGAUUCCUCCUGAUUCAGACGGAUACACUGGGACCCUGAUUCGCAGUGUUACGGGGACAGGGAAAAGCACCCUGUAUAUUGUGCCUUUACAACACACAUUUGACCCGACUCCGUUACCUCCAGAUUCCAUCGAGUUUCAAAGUAUGCCAAAGGCACAAUGCCAAACUUGCAAAGUUAAUUUUCCUUUGCAGAUUUUGGCCCUUCAUGUCCAGGAGUGCAUGGAGUCGGCAGCAGGGGAUAUUGACACAUGUCAACAUGAGGUCCAGAUAGUGUCUGUGACAGCUCCUCCUGUGCACUGUGACACAGAGACACCUGUUGAAGAGAAGGUUCCGUGUCCUAUCUGCUUCAUGAACUUCACACCUCAGUUCUUGGAGUUCCAUGCUAGCGCAUGUGGAGAAAGAAAGGAAGAUCUUGAGAUGCCUGAGACAUCUGCCAUGAUCCAGGACAAUGUGGAGGAGCAGCUCAAAAGGACUGUUGGACAGAUUCUGGCUGUUAAGUUGUCGACUGAGCAUUCAAUUGGAGGCCUAUCUGAUGAAAUCUUCAAUUGCGGAUAUACUGGAGCCAUCUCCGUUCAAAACAAGGAGUCCAUUAUUGGUGCCAUCAUACUCCACGCAGUGCUGAGGUUGCAGCCUAUGUUGGAACAACUAAGGGAAGGCCGGCUGUAUGACCUUCUCUCACUGAUCAGGCAGUACCCAGAUAUCUGCCAGCCCUUGUUUGUUCCCGGGGAAGAUGUAAAAGUCAAUGCAGAGUUUGUCAUGGCAUCCAUUCUUCCUCAACUAAGUGACAAAGGGACGAGCAGGCAUCAGGUUGAGCUAGAGAUGAUGAACUUUGUUCAGGACUUUCUUUAUGAAGUUGAAGACGCGUCAUCAACCACAGUGAAUUCCUCUUCAUCUGGAAGAAGCUUCUGUCCCAACAGCAGCGAGAAGUCGCAGUCCUGA